UGAAUCUAGAGAGUAUACUGUAUCCGGAGAUAGGCGUUUUUGCUUUAAUGUGCAAUUAUGGAGGGUCCAUUUGUUCUUUAGUGACUGCACCUGUGAUUGCCAAACAUCUUGGGGCAAAGGGAUCUGUUCUUCUAGGCUGGGUUUGCCAAGCAGUAUUCAUUGCGGCACAUUUCUAUAUGGUGCCGUAUAUCAUUCUGCCGGUUGCGUUUUUGGUGGGAAUAGGACACGCUCAGGCUUGGAUAACCAACGCUGUCUUUGUUACCGCGCUGGGACUUCAGUACUCUGAAAUCACCGGCCGUCCUCAAGGUGAAGUCAUGGGCAUGUUUCAGGGAAUAUUCUUCACAAUCUUUCAAUUUAGUGGCAUCUGGGGCAAUCUUGUCUCCGCUCUCGUGUUGAAUAGCCCACUAGACGCCACAACUGGUAAUGGGAGCACCGCUCAUACGCAAGGCGGGAACUUGAGCGCGCUUUGUGGAAGUAAUUUUUGUCCCUGGGAGGAUACGUCCGGGACUUACAUCACCCAACCGGAACAGUACGUGAUUUAUAUCAUUCUUGGGUGUUUCUUAGGAUUGUUGAGUUUGGCUUUUGUUAUUACACUUUUAUUUUUGAAGGACGUCAAAUCGACGACAGGGGAUUCCCUCCAUAGCGUGAAAGAUUUUCUGGUGACUGUUUGGCGACUGGUCUUUAGAAAGAAGAUGGGUCUUAUUCUGCCAGCAUUUAUGGUCGUGGGAAUCGGGCAGACCCUCGUCCUUACAGAGUUUAUCACAGCGUUUACAAGCUGCGAAAUUGGUAUACAAUAUAACGGUUGGUCGGCCAUGUUCUACAGCGGAGGCCUGGUGGUUGGCUCGGCCUGGACCUCUCGUCUCGUGAAGCACGUGGGCUGGGUCGCCAUGUUUAUACUAGCCGCCUGCUGUAACUCUGCAUGUAUGGCUAGCAUGCUGUUAUAUCAGUCGUCAGGAUUUGAUUCACUGGAGUUCUACUUUCUGAUACCUGUGGUCUCUGCAUUGGGAGACUCCAUGUGGAUGGCAACCGCUUCUGCUUACGUGGGUCAUGUGUUUCCGGAUCAGAAGUGGCCCGUCUUUGUGACCAUGAGGAGCUUCAUGUACGUGGCGUUUGGCGUGGUGUAUGCCUACUCCAACUUCACCUGCAUGGAGGCAAAAGUUUACAUCGCUCUUGGAGCCGUCGGACUGUCGCUGCUAUCGUCUCUCUGUUUUAUUGGGAUAACGAAGAAUUGGAAGACAAGCCAAAAGUCAGAUAUUUAAAUAUCUAUUUAAUUUAAUUUAAUUAUAAAUUAUUAUUUUCAAGUCCAAAUUCUUGAUGUAAACAUUAAGGCUUGAGGAAGGGAGAAGAAAGGGCAUGGGUUAACGAGAGCAGAUUUUCAACGGGUUUGAAAAAUAAAAGAAGCAAAUUAUAGGCAUUUAUUAUUUUCAGUGAUGAGGAGAGUUUGCUUGAGAUUUUAAAUCAUCGUAAGUCAUCUUUGCGGUGUGAUCCUAUUUUUUUUUUUUAUUAUUUGUGCUGCGGUUCACCGUUCUAACGGCGACAGACAAUUUUCAUUUAUUUCGUAGAUUUUCUUGGACAAGAUUGGGGUAGGUUAAUUAACAUUGGCGUCAAUCUUUCA